ACUCAGAAGGAAGAGAGAGAGAGAGAAAGAGGGAAAAAAAAGGAGUAGGAGGAGGAGGUGGCAGCAAUAUUAUCAGAGCCAUUAGUUUUAUCCAUGCACAGAAAGAAGAUUCUGCUACCCAAUUGACUCUGCAAAAAUACCCUUCAAAACUACCAGCCCCAGCGACAAGAGACCCUUCUUUCUGAGAGCUCUUUAGAUUGGUUCUUGUUCAACUUCUUGUUCCUUCAGAAAGAUUAUAUUUAUAGCUUUCUUUUUUGUUCGACUUUAGAGAUGAUUAGUGCCAGAAAUAGGUCUCCAUUUACUCCAACUCAGUGGCAAGAGCUUGAACACCAAGCUCUCAUCUUCAAAUACAUGGUUUCAGGAGUUCCUAUCCCACCUGAACUGAUUUAUUCUGUCAAAAGAAGUUUGGAUUCUUCUUUAGCUUCCCGCCUCUUCCCUCACCAACCUAUUGGGUGGGGUUGUUUUCAGGUGGGUUUUGGCAGAAAAGCAGACCCAGAGCCAGGGAGGUGCAGGAGAACGGAUGGGAAAAAAUGGAGGUGCUCAAAAGAAGCUUACCCAGAAUCCAAGUACUGUGAGAGACACAUGCACAGAGGCAGAAACCGUUCAAGAAAGCCUGUGGAAGUUAAUUCAACAACAGCCGUUUGCACAACACCACCACCAACAACAAGCUCGAUACUUUCACCGUCCUUCUCAACAAUCAACAGAAACCUCUCCAUUUCCACUUCCAGCAAUUCUAGUCUAUCCUCCAGUUCUUCUUCUUUCUCUUUUUCUCCACUCUCUUCUUUUCCUAUAGCUCCUGAAAUCUACGCCCAUCACAAUCCUAACCAAACCACCCAUCUUAACCCCUUCCUUUAUUCUCAUCCUUCCACUUCUACAAGACCUCCUGGUUCAGGCUUAUCAUUUCAAAAUGACACAUCACCUCACCAUUUCUUGGACUCUGGAGCAGGAAUUGUUUCUUACUCUCAUGCUAAUAAAGAUUACAGGUACGUUCAUGGAACAAGGGAGGGUAUGGAUGAGAGAUCUUUCUUCCCUGAAGCUUCAGGGAGUGCAAGAGUUGUAUCUGAUUCUUAUCAGCCAUUGACAGUGAGUUCAUACAAAAGCUACCCUCAGUCAGAGUAUCAGAGCUUUGGUGACAGUGGCUCGAAACAGCGGCAGCAACAGCAACAAGAGCAGCAUUGCUUUGUUUUGGGUACUGAUAUCAAGUCAGCUAGGCCAAUCAAACUAGAAAAAGAUGAUGAAACUCAAAAGCAAGUGCACCAAUUUUUUGGGGAUCAUUGGCCACCAAGGAACACUGACUCUUGGCUUGAUCUUGCAUCCAAUUCCGGGGUCCAUUCUGAUAGUUGAGGUCUCAAUAAUGGAUCUAAUAUAUUAUGGCCAAAAUAGCACUUGUUUUGGUGGGUCUAUUCCUUAGCUAUUGAAGUUGUGGCUAGGACUGCUUUGUUCAGAUAAAGGUAUGGAACCAAGACGGUAGGGCCAACGGGAAGAUAUAUAUGUCUUGCCACCUUGAUAGCCUACUUCUAUCUUCUUCCCUGGAGGAAACAUGUUUUCGAAUUUGUAGACUUGAUUCUUUGACUGGAAUCAUCCUCAUGUGCUUUAAGGUCUGAAAACUUUUAUAAGUAUAAGCAUUUUCCUUUCCGGUUUCUGCUUUAUAUUACAAAAAUCCAUUUGCUCUGGGCCCA